GGCGCGCGGCGGCGGCGGCGGCGGCGGCGGCGGCGGCGGCAGCGCCAUGUCGAUGGAGGACCCCUUCUUCGUGGUGAAGGGGGAGGUGCAGAAGGCUGUGAACACUGCCCAGGGGCUCUUCCAGAGGUGGACGGAGCUCUUGCAAGAUCCCUCCAUUGCCACGAGAGAAGAAAUUGACUGGACUACUAAUGAGCUCAGGAACAACCUGCGGAGCAUCGAGUGGGACCUGGAAGACUUGGAUGAAACAAUUAGCAUCGUGGAGGCAAACCCACGCAAGUUCAACCUGGAUGCGACAGAGCUGGGCAUCAGGAAAGCCUUCAUCACCAGCACGCGGCAGGUGGUCAGGGAAAUGAAGGAUCAGAUGUCAAACUCCUCCAUGCAAGCACUGGCUGAAAGGAAAAACAGGCAGGCGCUCCUGGGAGAAAGUGGGAGUCAGAGUUGGAGCUCUGGACCUGACAAAUACAGCCGUCUGGACCGGGAGCUGCAAUUAGCAAACUCACACUUCAUUGAGGAGCAGCAAGCUCAACAACAGUUGAUUGUGGAGCAGCAAGAUGAGCAGUUGGAGCUGGUCUCUGGCAGCAUCGGGGUGCUGAAGAACAUGUCCCAGCGCAUCGGUGGGGAGCUGGAGGAGCAAGCGGUGAUGCUGGAUGACUUCUCCCACGAGCUGGACAGCACUCAGUCACGGCUUGACAACGUCAUGAAGAAGCUGGCCAAAGUGUCUCACAUGACGAGUGAUCGGCGGCAGUGGUGUGCAAUUAUCGUCCUCUUCACCAUCUUGCUGGUGGUGCUCAUCCUGUUUUUUGUCCUGUGAUGGACUGAACUUCCUGGGACGCCCCCUCCCAGCCCCCACGGUCCCCCCCGGCCCGGGGAAAUGAAAACUCUCACCGUUUCCCUCCGCCCCGGCAGGAAAACCCGCGCGCAGCUCUCACCGUUCUGCUGUGAGGACCGCGGGCGGUGGCUCCCCCGGCCCCGGGGAGAGGGCGGGGAGGACAGGAGCUGCCUCCUCCCCCGCUGCGGUCUGAGCUGCACCCGGCCUCCAGCUCUGGACCCAGGGGGCCGGAGCCCCGCGCUUCCCCCCCCAUCCCGGUGCAGGUAGGAGCCGGCUGCAGGCUGAGCAGCGAGUCCUGGGGAGGACGGGAUGGGUCGGGGGGGAAUGAAUGAAUGAUUUCACUGAGCAUUACAAACUACAUCGCCGGCUAAAAGCAUCGCCCGGAGCAGCGGCGGCGUGAAGACGGAGGGAGGGGAGCCCCGGCCCAACUCCUCCCAUCCCGCGCCGCCUUCCUGCCAGGGGCGGGCUCAGUGCCGCCGGCUCAGCCCUCAGCUUCCACCGCCCCCGGGGAAGGCUGCAGAGUGUGUAGCAUCCUGCCAUCGGCCACAAUCCAGCACCCCAGCGCCCGAGACUCGGGGUGAAAGCUGGCAAACAGCCGUAAGCCGGGGAGCCCCUUCCUCCAAGCUCUGACCACGGCCUCCUGGGCUCCACCGGCCUCUGCAGCACCGUGACUGACGCUUUCUUUGCCCUUGGAUAACCUAGUAACUGCUUCUGUUUAACAGCUGCUUCUCUUUGGCAAGUGAUUUGUCAGGUCUAAAAUAACUUAUUUUUUUUAAGGAAAAACCCCCGACUUUGGAGGCUUUUUGUGCUGAUGGCUGGAGCCACGUUCUCUCUGCUCCCCACACGCCAGCAGGGGAACGGGGCUCAGGGAGAAGUUGUAAAUAGGAUGUCUGAAUUAACUCCCAACUGCUGGUUUUUUGA